UCGUUCAUUCGUCGUUCUGCGCCCGAUGCGCAUGAUUGUCGUGAAUACGUGUGUUCGCGGUUCAGUUUUAACGUGUGUCGCGUGUUACCCUGCUCGAUCGAUCGUCUUUGAAAAUAAUAAUACUCGUAAAAUCGAUUCUUGAUCGUCGACGCAAGAACCAUUAUCAUCGUGUCAAAGAAAAGUGCAUCGUUCAGAGGUGAGAGGACAAUUCGAACGUGAAAAGUGUUCGAAACGAUAUCAGAGUUUGAGGUUAUAGUGUUAGGCAGCGUAUCUCGAUAAGGAAGGUGCAAGGAUCGGCAUCUUUGAGUUAUAUAUCAUAUAGUGAUUUUGAAUGAAUUUCGACGUAUUAUCGAUCGAAUGGAUGAUACGAAACAGUAAGAUAAGUGCGUACGAAGGACGAGAAUAUUGGCGUGCUCGCGCAAUGUGAUUUUUUCAAAUACAGGAAAUGCCGCGAUUUCGUUGGGCAUUGUGAAAGGUUAGGUUAGUUGCGAGCGAUCGACCUGAGUACUUUGAAGAUCACGUGUUCAGUGUGAAGUUACAUGUAUAUGAAUUGUUCGUGUUAGAUUUGAAUGCGCGUCCCUCUGUGUUUUGCGACAAGUACUUUCUCGAAAAGAAGAAUCCUGAAUCUGGAAACAAUCCAAUUGAACUUCGAGUUGCAUUUACGCAUUGGUUGUAUUUAUUCUCAAUUAGUGACGUCCUUGACCACGUUUUUGUGUAAACGUUCCACAAAGCGGCACGGCGUAGCUGUAGCAAUACACACGGACAAUGCAAUUUAAAUAAACAUCGCUAAUCAGUUGGUGUAUCAGUGUAAUGUCGUGUAACGAAGUGUAAACAACAAGUUUGCGAAACAUCGACUGCCUUCGAUGAAUUUGUACGCCGGUAACUGGAUUACAACGAAACAUGUUUGUGUUUCGUUGAAGAAAUUAGAUUAUCACGGGAGAAACUCAUCUACGAAUUAGUGAACCAUUCACCCAUUGGUGAUUUCGACGGAUUGAAUACUCGUCGCUCCAGAGUUGGGAAUUGAUUACGUGUCUGCUUGGAAAAGGAUCCGUAUUAAUAGACUCACGGAAUGGUUUGUCCCCGACGAGCGACGGCUUGUUUGUCGCAAGAUGUCGACCGGAUUUGUAAACCACCCUGUUCGAAUCGACCGAAUUAUUCCUGGAACCGCGAGAUAAUUAAGGAAGUUUCACCGAGGACAAUCCGUCUUGGCUGACUGCUUCUGUGGACUCGUCCCGUUGGAAAAGGGGUUGAGAAGACAGACUGACGGGCUAGCAGGAAAUGGGAAGCGAAGCUUUUGAAAAAUAACUCGAGGCAUUGCGGUGCUCCGGGAAUCCCGUGACUCAACCAUUCCAUUGUCCGGAGAAGCCAGUAACAGCCGAAGGAGACGCAGAUUACCUCGAUCGUGCGAGAGGAAAACGUCGCCAGGUUCGCGCGUCGCGGUCCGCUGAUUUAUUCGCCAGGCUCUGGAAUGAAUACACGAGGAUGGCACGGCGUACAGGACACGAGCAAAUUAGCGGAUCGAGUGUGACCGAGUUAAGCGGCUUUUCGCGGUGAGUUUUGCUCCUGUACGUGAGCCGACGAUGCGUUAAAUCGACGAGCUACGACCGAACGAACGAAACUAGAAGGGAAAAGGAGGAGGCAAGAAAUAAAUAAAUGCAACAAGGAUGAUAAACGAUAACGACGCGCAUCGUGAAAGAUUCGUGCGAAACGCAGGACCACGCAGCCGCGAAGUGCAUCGAGAAUACUUAUUCCGGAGAUCUUGUUUGUCAGAAUGAAGCCUUGAAGUUGUCAUCCACUUGCUUGCCGGUUGCGUUUCCGUCUGCAUCUCGCGGCUCUACUUGCGGCUACGUUUCCUCUUUUCCAUCUUUUCUUCGCGGACGAGAGCGAAGAAGAGCGAGAAACGAGAGCGCGAGAGAGAAUGGGAAAAGCAGGAACUGAUAGCUUUACAUUCAACCGGUACGAAGAAAAGUUUAAGUGACUCAUGCAGACACUCUUGGAAUUCACUCUACGCUGUUAUUUAAGUUUCCAUUUUACCGCUAACAGAGAAAAAGGCGUCGCCGUUGUCGUCGAUGUCGUGUAGGGGAAGUGCUCCUACGUGUGUCACACAGUGUCGUGGUUUCCGUUCGUGACACCGGAUCGGAUUUAAUCGAUUGGUACGCGCGUCGUCGAGAGACAACUCGAUACUGUACGAACAUCGUCCCUUCUCCACGAGACUCGAACGAGAGUUUCAAAAUUGAAAUUGUUUAACGACGUAUCAAAGACAGGAGGGACCACCGAAGGAAAAAUUGGUCGCAAAGGAUAAUCGGAAAUUGCAGGCAAGCACGGUAAAACAUCGCCUAACCGAAGAUGGCAAGAUGUUGAAAUUGAACAACGCUCUUAAGGCUCGUAAAGCAGAAUUAUGCGUUGCAUAACGUCGGCGGAUUCUUUAAUAAGAUCGAGUUCGACGUUAUUGCACCGGCACCCAUAAAUAUCUCUUAAACGUAUGCGUACCUUAAGAGGGCAAUAUCCCCGAAAACGAGGAUCGAGCCUUUCGAUUUCGUUCUCGAUAGAGAGCCUCAUCCCGAGGUAGAACUAAUAUCCCAGAAAAUAUCUCAAACAUCGAUUUUGUCCAUAGAAUUCCGGGCCGCGUUCCAGUCAGGACAGCCGUCCUCUAGAAAAAUGACGGGAGUGCCCGGCUCGCAUACGAUCGAACGUUCUCUCGGAUCCUACGAAAUCCCUUCGUGAUCUGCUUCCGUCGAACGACCAUUUUCUAAGAGGAUAAUAAAAAUUGGCGGUGACCGUAAUCGGAGUAUCCCGUCAUCUCGUCACGACUGUCCUUUUAUUUCGAAAGCAGCAACUUUCGAGCCUGGUUUAAACGUUUCUGUCAUAAACAUUUCAGCGCGAGUCGUUCACGGCGUUCUACUGUACCGCGUGCCCAAUGGAGUGUUUCGAACCGCGACUCGUUCGCAACGAAGAAUCCGACGCUUCGACGACUUUUAUUUACGCGAUACCGUUAAAAGGAAUGGAUUCGCGGAGAUCGCGCAGACGAUCGCGCAGAAAAUCGUCGAGAAAGCUAUCCACGAUCAAUGUUAACGACUCGAUCGCUUCCAAAUAAAUUGCACGACCCGAGUAUGCCCACCGAGCCGUUCGUAUUUCUAGGAGAAAAAAUCGGCCCGACAACCUGCCGGAUGAUCUCUAGUUGGUAUCCAACACAAAUAUAAGAAAGGAGAGACGAUCGUUUUACUCUUACCGUGGAGAAGUGACGUUACGACUCUCACGCGAGGUCAGCUCGAGGGAUUUCGAAGAAGAUUAGAAGGCCGUUCUUAUCUCCCUAUUUCUCUUCCUCGCCAUCGGUUCCCUCUAUCAGCGACCUGAGCUGACAAAUGCGAACGACAGGCCGUGCUAAGGUACAGUUCGACAAAUGAGAGUCAGAGGACAGAAUUGGGUGAUCCGGUAGGAAGGGAAAAAAUAGAAUGGAGAAGGACAGCGCGAGACAUUACAGAGCUUACGAGGGCUUCAAGCCCGCGAACAAUGGCAAUACAUCGUCCUUGAAGAGGUCCACAUCGGACCGCUCGAAAACACAUCCGUCGAGACAAGUGAGGUGCCUUUGCUUCGGCGGAGUGCCGGACAAGGCCAGCCAGCACUCCUUUCUCAAAGGUUGUAUUAUAAACCUUGGAAUAUGUGCCCUUCUCGUGGCUUACACUUUACUGGGUAGCUUCAUCUUCCUUGCCAUCGAGGGCGGUACCGAUGCCGGGAUACAACAAAGGACACUUGCUACCACAAUAGCAGAGAAUCAGCCUACCAGACGGAAUACCACCGCUUGGCUAAAGCAAGUUAAUCACGAAGCACGAGCGAAGACGGUGGAAAAUAUAUGGAUAAUUACGGAGAGUUUGAACAUUCUUUACCGUGAGAACUGGACGAGGCUGGCUGCCCAGGAAAUCGCACGUUUUCAGGAUCAACUGGUGAAGAGGAUCACCGAAGACAUGAUGGCGACCCAGAACGCCGGAACAUAUGUCGGAAGUUCCGCUAGUGAUACCGUGACAGAAAGACGGAUACCGGAAUACGAGUGGAACUUCGCCAAAGCCUUUUUAUAUUCUCUCACGGUGCUGACGACGAUCGGUUGCGGCAGCAUAGCUCCAAAAUCCACCUGGGGUAAAAUCGCAACCACGGGCUACGCUAGUCUGGGUAUUCCUUUGACCUUGGUUUACUUAUCAAGUGCCGGAGGCCUUUUAUCCAGAUGCGCCAGAGGUGUUUUCACUCGUGCCCUUUGUUGCUGCCUUUGUUCGAAUUGUGGCUAUUGUUGCUACGAUGAACGAAGAAUGGAGGAGAAAGAAAGGCGAAUGAGAAAGAAACGGCAGCAGGAGGAACUGGCGCAGCAGCAGCAGCAAUUGCAGUUGCAGGAACCCUUUUACGUUCGUGCGAACGCGUCAACGUUUACGAGCACAGUGGAAAUUAAGACCAGCCCGAAGGACGAAGUGUCGAGUCUUGGCUCUGGUGACAGACCCAACGUUACUAUACUCGCACCAAUCAGCAUUUGUCUGGGUGCAAUGCUCUGCUACAUUGUGGCAGGAGCUUUUACUCUGCACAAGUUAGACGGCUGGUCCUUUGUGGAUGCGAGUUACUUCUGCUUCAUGAGCCUGAGCACGAUCGGGUUCGGUGAUAUGGUUCCCGGUUCCUAUCCCCGCCAAAGCCUUUACGAGUCGAGGAAUGUAACCAUUUGGUUCUGUUCUUUCUACAUAAUGUCUGGAAUGGCGCUGACUGCGAUGUGCUUCAACAUCCUGCACGAUGAAAUCGUUCACAGGCUUAGCCAUCAGUCGGAGAAACAAGAACCAGUGAAAGCCAGCCCAAGUGUGGACGAACUAUCGAGCGAUCCUCUCACGUUAACCUCGUGACAAUUUCCGUCUGGCAACUUGUGCCACAGGAACGGCACCGAUGACAACGAUAUAUGUGGAACAGAACCGCCAACCAACUUGUUCACCCAUGAGAACGAAAUUAAUAUCCUAAAGGAUUCUUUCAAUCAGGUAGACGUCACUAGAGACUGCAAACCAAUUUUGAAACUCGAAGAUCACGUUC